CACAAAUCUAUUUUGUUGAAAACAACAACAGCAGGAAAGUUUGAUUUCCAAUCAGAUCAGAGCUCUAUCAUUGAUUCACUGGCAAUUUGAGAUCUCGAUUGCUCCGUGAUCGUCGAUGCAAGUGCCGGAAGACUGAUUCGACGCGGAGGGAUCGACUCAGUGAAAUCAGUUUUUAGCGAGCGCUUCAGCGAUGGGCAGUAGGUCAGCCAUUCUCAUCGUCUUCUUGCUCUCGCUUCUCUCAAGCGUCGCCGUUCACUGUAAAACCCUCAAGCGUGAUGUAAAAGCUUUGAAUGAAAUUAAAGCAUCUCUUGGAUGGAGGGUGGUGUAUGCUUGGGUGGGAGAUGAUCCAUGUGGAGAUGGUGAAUUGCCCCCUUGGACAGGGGUAACAUGCUCCACCGAGGGUGAUUAUCGAGUGGUGACGGAAUUGGAAGUCUAUGCUGUUUCAAUAGUAGGUUCUUUUCCUACUGCUGUAACGAACUUGUUGGAUCUUACUAGACUGGAUCUGCAUAACAACAAGUUGACUGGUCCUAUUCCUCCUCAAAUUGGACGUUUGAAGCGUCUUAAAAUACUGAAUUUAAGGUGGAAUAAGCUGCAAGAUAUCAUUCCUCCUGAGAUUGGUGAACUAAAGAAACUUACACAUCUCUACCUGAGUUUCAACAACUUUAAGGGUGAGAUCCCAAAGGAAAUUGCAAAUCUUCCUGAGCUCCGGUAUCUACAUCUUCAUGAAAACCACUUCGUUGGACGAAUCCCACACGAGCUGGGCACUUUACAAAACCUCAGGCAUUUGGAUGUUGGCAACAAUCGCCUGGUUGGAACAAUUAGGGAACUCAUACGCAUUGAAGGAUGCUUUCCUGCUCUUCGCAACCUUUAUUUGAACAAUAACUAUCUUACGGGAGGUCUUCCUGCACAACUUGCAAAUCUGACUAACUUGGAGAUUUUAUAUUUAUCAUACAACAGAAUGACUGGAAUUAUACCACCCAGCAUUGCUCAUAUUCCCAAGUUAACCUAUUUGUAUUUGGACCACAACCAGUUCUCUGGAAGGAUUCCUGAUGCCUUUUAUAAACAUCCCUUCUUGAAAGAGCUGUACAUAGAAGGAAACUCGUUCCGAUCUGGCGUGAACCCCAUAGGCGUGCACAAAGUCCUGGAACUUUCCGACUCGGAGUUCCUAUUCUAGAAUCUAUAAACCAUCUUGGCCAGAAGUUGUCAUGUUUUUUGUUGCUAGAAAUGAUCACAUUGCCACUGAAGGGGUUGAAUGAGAAGAUAUUUAUGUUCAAAUGUGGGGCAUGUGAUGCAUUUCUGGGUGUCCAAGAAUUACCAUUUCUAGCAACAAGAAAUUAAUUUCUAGCAACUAGAAAAAAGGCUAAUAAAUUUUAGUCAUUGUUCAUAGUCUUUUUUUUUGCUAUAACUUGAUUGUUAUUCAGUUUGUGGCAAAAAGUGAUACAUGUAUACGCAUUUUGUUUUUUUGGGGUUACACACUUACACUAUUCGUGCCCAUAUUUAAGGUCCUGUUCUUUUGAGUUGGAAAAACUAACUUCCAACUCAUAGCUUCUUCCAAUCUCUUUCAAUUCCUUUCAAUUUCUUCAACAAUGAUUUAAGAAAAUUUUAUAUACGAU